GUCUUCAACUACUCUUUCCUUAAAGACAUUGAGAGAAACCAAGAAACUUCUCUGCAAGAGACGCCUCUCUACGCGUUUCAAUCUUCUCUCUAUAUAUAAACUUAUCUCCCAGGAAACCAAACUCAAUAUCUGUUUCUGGGUUCCUCAAAUUCUCAAUCUUUCUCUCAAUCCAUACUCUGUUUCGAUCUUCUUUAACUCUUAAGCUUUCCCCCAAAGUCUCAAUCUUUUUCAAAGGGUUUGUUCCAAAACCAAUCACCAUGGCUCGUUGUAGCAACAACCUUGUUGGUAUACUCAAUUUCAUCGUCUUCCUCCUCUCGAUCCCGAUCUUAGCUGGAGGAAUCUGGCUAAGCCAAAAAGGGUCAACAGAGUGUGAAAGAUUCCUAGACAAACCAGUGAUUGCUCUUGGUGUUUUUCUCAUGGUCGUAGCUAUAGCUGGUUUGGUUGGUUCAUGUUGUAGAGUCACAUGGCUUCUUUGGGUUUAUCUCUUUGUCAUGUUCCUCUUGAUUCUACUUGUGUUCUGUAUAACAGUUUUCGCCUUUGUUGUUACAAACAAAGGAGCUGGUGAAGCUAUUGCUGGGAAAGGUUAUAAAGAGUAUAAACUUGGUGAUUACUCUGAUUGGUUGCAGAAACGUGUUAACAAUGGCAAAAACUGGAAUAAGAUUAGGAGUUGUCUUGUUGAUAGCAAAGUUUGUACUAAGCUUGAAGCUAAGUUUAUUAAUGCUCCUGUCAAUGACUUCUACAGCGAGCAUCUUACUGCUCUUCAGUCUGGCUGUUGCAAACCCUCAGAUACAUGCGGUUUCGACUAUGUAAGCCCAACGAACUGGAUCAAGAACACAAUCACAACGGGAACACCCACAAAUCCACAAGACUGCCAACUCUGGGACAACGCAAAAGACAGGCUCUGCUUCGAUUGUGAAUCUUGCAAAGCCGGUCUACUCGACAACGUCAAGAGCGCUUGGAAGAAAGUUGCGGUCGUCAACAUCAUCUUCCUUGUCUUCCUUAUCAUUGUCUACUCUGUUGGUUGCUGUGCUUUCAGGAACAACAAGAGGGAUGACAGUUACACCCGUACUUACGGAUAUAAGCCUUGAACAAAACCUUUUUAUCGGUUUUUAGGACAGAGAGAUUCGUUGAUGAUCUUUAUAUAUUACAUUAUGGGAGUUUGCUUUUAUGUUUGGUGAUCUUUAUCUUGGUGUUUUGAGACAUAUAUUGCUUGUACAGCUCACUCUUAUGAUAUUUAUUUAUUAGUGUGUUCUGUCU